UACAGUUCUCGUUAACGUUAAUGGACAUAACAUUAUUUCAACUAAGAUCCGGUCUCAUCGUACAAAAUGGUUUUAUGUAAAUGGUUGUUGAAUUUACCCAGGAAUUGUUCUAAGUGGCGCCCCCGGCAAAUGCCAAAGAAAAUAUUAUCAGACGCAUCUUAUACUGAGUUUAUUAAUUCUCUGCCAGUUAUAAUUGACAAGGGAGUACGAGAAACUAAAUAUUUGGAAACAAAUGAAUUACGGGAUCGAAUGAGAAGGAUUGCCGAAUACUAUAUCCGCGGACGUAUCACUGUACACGGUGAAUUGACGAUAUUCGCCCAUGAACUGCUUAGACAAUCAGAGAAAAUAGAAGGGGAUUUAAAAAAUCAGCUUAAUGUUUUAGCCUGGUGCACUGAAUUGGUAUGUUUACGAUAA